UGGAUUCGGAUUGAUGGAGAUGCAUCGUAGUUGGAUCCGACGAGGGCAGGUCUUUACAGAAUGUACUCGAAGAGCGAAGCCUCCGCGCCCAAGCCACGUUACGUCUGCCGACUCCACUACCCCCCAUGAGAGAACUGAUCCAUUCCGUAUUGAGGAAUGAUUCCCUUCUUCCCCACUAUACCCCCUCCCCGGGGUGAUCAGGGCUCAGCACUCUAUUCCCGCCAGACUCACAGACACAUAUUCACCGAGUACAUCGCUGGUUGCGCCGUGAAUUGCUGUUCGAGCAUUGCCCAUUUCCCAAGCCCAACAUGCCUCUCAGUUAUGACCCCGAUUUCGUCCACGCCACGCGCGAAGUUCUCGAGCGCAGAGCCAAGAACCCUGGACGGGCGGUGCACGACGUGUUAGGCCGUCGGACGGACAUCACCGCCUCCUACGAAGCCGAGUUCGAGAAGCUGCCCGAGGCUCCCGAGAUAGAGCACACAGUAUACCAGAUCCCCUCGUAUGACGGACAGACCAUCUCGGUCUACCGCUUCUUCAAGAAGAAUGCACCCACAACCACCCCGGGACCGGCUGUCCUACACACGCACGGCGGCGGCACGAUCCAGGGCGACGUGGCGCUGUUCCGCAAGAUGCUGUCGCUGGAGGUGCAGCACACGGGGGUGCAGGUGUUCUCGGUGGACUAUCGGCUGGCGCCAGAGCACCCGCACCCGACGCCCGUAGAGGACUCAUACGCGGGGCUGACCUGGCUGCACGAGCACGCAGACGACUUCGGGGUGGACCGCAGUCGAAUUGCGACGAUGGGCGAGAGCGCGGGUGGGAUGCUGGCGGCGGGACUGGCGCUGUUGGCGCGCGACCGUCAGCUGUCACCGCCGCUGGCGAAGCAGAUCCUGAUCUACCCUAUGUUGGAUGACCGGAACACGACACCGAUCGCAGCCUUGGAACCCCUGGCGUUCUGGAACUGCGCCGACAAUAUCACGGCGUGGACCGCGCUGCUCGGCAAGGAUACCAUCGGCACGGACAAGGCGUCGCCGUACGCGGCGCCCGCGCGGGCCGCCAGUGUCGAGGGUCUACCGCCGACGUACAUCGACACCGGGGAGCUGGACAUCUUCCGCGACGAGGACAUCGCCUAUGCGGGGCGCAUUGCGGCGGCCAACAUCAGUGUCGAGUUACACGUGUACCCGGGGCUGCCGCAUGCCUUUGAGGUGUACGCGCCUGAGAUCGAGGCGACAAAGCGGGCUGUGUCGGAUCGCUACCGAGCCAUGUCAAGUUUCUAAGCCUUAUUUUUCAAAACAAUAGGAUCGUUGAUGCUGCGGUGCUGUCCGGAUAGAUCACAUCACAAGGCGAUGGGCCAAGCCACGGAUGGAAGCAGGAUUCUGCGACCGGAGAUGGAUAGGCUGGCUGUGUUCGGUUGCAGAUGGAAGGCGAAGCCAGGCAGAUGUUUUCCACCAACUGAGACUUAUGCUCGGGGUGUCACUAGGUAGACGAAUUCAAGCAUGUUCC